GGGUCUUUUCUUUUCCUUUCUUGUUUAUUCUGAGAAUAAGGAGAGCCAAAUAGUGCCUAAUUUGUAUAUAAAUUUAGAAACUCAGCAUCGAAUGAGGACACAUUAUAAUCGUUAGCUAGGAGAGGUGCUUAUCCGAGAUUAAUUUAUACAAGUAGAUGAAAAAAAUAUUUGUAUAAAGAAAAUGGAUCAGGAGAUAGGAGAUGAGUUUAGAAUCGGGAUAAUGAAUAUAAAGAAAGAAACCAUAGUAGAAGACUUGCAGCCUUACAUGCUGUGCAUAUUGUCUAAUAUACUGUUCGCAGGAUACACCAUUGUUUCCAAGGUGUGUCUAGAUGGAGGCAUGAGCCGUUAUGUGCUUGCAGUUUAUGCCCAUGCUUUUGGAACUAUGGCUACUGCUCUUCUAGCUCUUCUGCUGGAAAGGAAACAGGCAACCAAAAUCAGCUUACAAAUACUACGGAAUGCUUUCUUCAAUGGCCUUGUUGGAGGGGUGUUAGCGAGGACAUUAUACUUUGCAGGCCUUGAAUACACAUCGGCAACAGUUGGGUCUGCCAUGAGCAACUUAAUCCCACCAAUCACCUUUGUUUUAGCAGUUUUAUGCAGGAUGGAGAAAAUAGAGAUAGGGAGCAGAAUAGCACAAGCAAAGAUAUGGGGCACAUGCAUAUCAUUCGGUGGUGCAACUCUAAUAACGCUUUACAAAGGAGCAGUUUUGAUCGCACCACUUUCUACACAUUCCCAUCACAUCCAAGCUGCUGCGAAACAUCUAACAUAUAUCGACUGGAUAAAAGGCUCCAUCAUGCUUUUUGUCUCAAGCCUCUCUACAGCAUUUUUCUACAUCUUACAGGCUGUUACAGUGAAGAAAUAUCCGGCUCCAUUAACGUUGACGUCAUUAAUGUGCCUAUUUGCAACUUUACUGGGAGCCAUCUUUACAGCAAUUAUUGAUCGUGAAGCCUCAUCUUGGAGAUUGUCUUGGGACAUUACCCUUCUUGCCCCUCUCUAUUCUGGAAUUCUUGUGUUUGGGGUAACAAUUUACCUUCAAACUUUGGCAGUACGAAUGAAAGGACCAGUUUUUAUUACAGCCUUCGGACCUUUAUCUACAUUAAUUGUAGCCAUAGUGGGACUCUUCAUCUUAGGAGAGGCUUUGCACCUUGGAGAUGUUAUAGGAGCUGUACUCAUAGUUGGGGGUCUGUAUGCAGUUCUGUGGGGGAAGGAAAAAGAGAAACAGAAAAAGCUUCUCCUUGACCUCCCAACGGCGUCUUAGCAACUCUCUGACUCUAAAUGAGAAUCAUAAUAAAGCUCAGUGAUAAUUUGAACUAUCAUUAUAAAAAAAAAGCUAUGUUUAUGCAAUCUGUGUGCUCAACUAUAUGCUUUAGUUUGUUUAUUUUUGCAAGAUAUAUAUGUAAGAUUUUUUUUUUUCUGGUGAAUACAAGGUAUGUUGAAGUUA